AUGGAUACGGUGAACUUGCAAUUAGCUAAGUAUAAAACCGAAGCAGUGCUCAUUACCAGCAGGAAAGCGAUGGAAACCAUCAAGUUACAAGUUGGAGAACAUGAGAUCACAUCACAACCGUACAUUCGGUACCUGGGAGUGAUGCUUGAUGCUCGACUCAAUUUCAAGCAACAAGACGAACAUGUGACUGCCAAAGCAUCAGUAGUUAGAGCGAGCCUAGCACGACUGAUGCCUAACUUUGGUGGAUCAAAGCAGAGCAGAAGACUACUGCUGUCAUCAGUAGUAACAUCCGUGCUCACAUAUGGCAUAUCCAUUUGGGCUGACGCAUUAGAGACGCAAGAAUAA